UUAGGCCUAUGUCAUGGCAGAUAACGUUAUUUUUCCAGUCCACAAACAUCUAUUCUUAACCAUUUUUCCCCGCCAGCAAAACUUCAUUAGUCCUACAAUGAACAUUCUUUUUCCUUCCAAAUUAUCCCAUUACGUCUGACAUAAACAACCCCAAGUGUCCUCUCUCAUUGGCUGGCCCCAGGGUCACGUGGCCCGCGCGGCCGUCCGUCUAUUUGACAGCCGCAGGAUGGCUUGAUGCCAGAGGGGGAAAAGAGACAGAGAGAGGGGAGAGAAAGAAAAAUUAGUAUUCUCCUACCAGCCUCGCUAUAAAUCAAUCAUGGAAUCCUACGUGGUGAGCUGUAAAUAUGCUGAGCCGCAGUUCCCGCCUUGUGAAGAAGAUUACAGUAAUUUUAGUGACCAAGGGGGGUAUUACAACAACCCCCAGGACAGUGGUAGUUAUGGAAGGGGCUAUCAUCCCGUGCAGCCCCUUCCGCCUCCAUACACACCACAACAAACCGACUAUCACUCUUUGCAGGGCCACCACCGGGAGGAUGGAGAGGACCACUCGCAGCACCAAAGUACUCCCUUCCCCGGAUACAGAGAGACAAAUGCCACCGGUAAGGAGUCGAGGUUCUCCGUCGGUGACCUGCAGUGCCAGGCCUGGAUGACCUGUGCAAAGCCCGCUCAGGUGCAGAGGAAAACGGCCUGCCAGGGAAAAGACAAGCCGCCUAUUGUUGUCUACCCGUGGAUGAAGAAAGUGCACAUCGCUCAUGUUAAUCCGAACCACGUGGGUCCGGAGCCAAAGCGACUACGGACGGCCUACACACGCCAGCAGGUUCUGGAGCUCGAGAAGGAGUUCCAUUUUAGCCGCUACCUGACGCGCCGCCGCCGGGUCGAGGUGGCCCACACGCUCUGCCUGUCCGAGCGCCAGGUGAAGGUCUGGUUCCAGAACCGACGCAUGCGCUGGAAGAAAGACAACAAGCUGCCGAACACCAAAGGAAGGAGCAAAAACAAGAAGGCAACGGACAACAAUAACAACAACAGCAGCAGCAGCAGCAGCAGCAGCAGCAGCAGCAGCAGCGAUAGUACCAUGAAGGCGGUCAUAACUGUCUGAAAACAGAAGCAGAGUUUGGCCGUCAGAGGCAGCCAUGUUAGCACCUUCACUCUCCAAAUCUGAUGGUGCUAAACUGAUCCAGGGUGACUGAAACUAUUCUAAACGGCUUCAAAAUUACAGGCUGUCCAUCUAUAGCCCUAAAUAAGGCUUUUAAAAUUCGUUAAUGUAUUUUGCCUUAUAUUUUAACUUUGAAGUGUUUCUAAUUAUUUCUGUUGUGUAGAGGUUCCAAUUUCAGUUUGCUAUUUUAUUCAUUAAUUCAUGUUUUGAGUCUUACAUUUAGGUAAACUUCAAGCUUAGAUGGUCUGACAUCUCUCUGUGGAAAUUAGGUAAUAGACAUCGGAUAUUAAGGGCGCAUGCCUAUUUGGAUGGGCGGAUUGUGUCUUUUGGAGAAAAAAAAACAGGGUUUUAUUUCUACAGGGUAAACUUUAUACAGGGUUUUAUAAUAGCUACCUAAAAAUUAAAUUAGCCUAACUUAUGAAUAUGCACAUUACCAAAAUGUUGUGUCCACAAACUGGCGCUUAACGGGGCAAUAAACAGAAGACCAGACACGACGAAUUGCUCGGCGGCUGACUUGCAGAAUAGUUGUCGUUUUAGCUUUUAUUUUGUACAUAGAGGAGCAUCCAAAAACAAUACGCAUUUAGGAUAAGUAGCCAUAUCGUGCAUAUUGUUUUUCAUCUCCAAAAGGUGAGGAAAUUUUCACUAAUUUAGGGGAAAGUUUUACAUUUUUACACACGGGGAAAUAGAUAAAUAAAGAAUUUUAAAAAAACAGCCAAAUUGGAGGUACAGGUUUUUAAUGCACGACGCUGACUGUAAAUCCAACGUAUUUUCUCAGGGUUACAGGGUUUUAACGAACAUAACUUUCUGAAACGUUUGUUGUUUGAUUUAGCACCGAGAGGUUUAAAAUAGGCUAAUCCUCUCUGAAACAGCAUAUUGUUGCAUGUUCAAAGAAUAUGUUCUCUCUUUGAUUCCAGUUUAAUAUGCUAUUGAUUUCUAUUAUAGCCUACGCCAGUACUUAUUUUGUAUUAUUAUUUAGAAGAAGCAUUGCAUUCUUUGUAGCAAGCAUCUGUUCUUUUGUACGUGUUAAUCUUUGAAAAAAAAGAAUAACUCUUUGUGUAAGAAUUUUAUAUGUGGAAAUGUUUUGAUAAAAUAC